GAUUUUUAUUGGAUAUAUUAUUGUUGUAGGUAAAGAACUGUUAUCUAUAUCAAUUACGACCGUUGACCAUUAACAAUUCGGAUACGCAAUUGACUUUCUGACAUUUAUUCCAACAGUUUUAAUAAGUUACAAUAUACACGCGCUUUACAUGGAUUGACCCGUAUUCAUUCUUUUCAUCCAUGUAUUAGAUUACAAUUUCAAAUACAGCUUAAAGGUUUAUGUCUGCGUUUGUUCAAUAGGUUCACAAAAUCCAGAAUUAAUUUCAAAUGCAACAUUCGUAGAUGCCAAUGCUGCAUUAAAGUUGACCUGCACUCAUUCAACAGCGACUAUUGUGAAGUGGUGGCUCAAGCCAGUUAGUGGUAAUAACUUUAAUAAUGUUCUCGCAGCUGCAUCCACAGGCAGCACAUGUAUGUUUGACCGUACCCCUUUACCUGAUGUGCUUGCUGGGUGUAACUGUGCAGGGUCAACGUUUAACUGUACUCUGAAAUCCGUAUCAAGGAUCGAUGAUGGUGACAAAUGGAAAUGCUCUGCUGUGCAAAGUCAGGAAAUGUUCAGUCAGGAAUUAACAAUAGCUGUGGCAGUGCCUGUGAUCGGUGUAACAUUGACUCCGGACCUACCGGUAAUUUCUGUGUCACAAAACGUACCAAUCAGCUUUAUCAAAUGUGAAUCAUCAUACAGUCGUCCUACCCCCAUCAUUACUUGGUAUAUGGACAGAGACACACCCUUGGAUUACACCGACGAUGUCAACAUCACUGAACGAAGCAUUAGUAGUGUAGCAGGAAACUGGACGACAAGCACUCUGACAAUUACUCCUUCACAGGAACAGCAUGGGGAUAUGAUAUACUGCAAGGUCUCAAAUGGAUACGGGUCGAUCUUAUCCGUCAGGAAACCCCGCAUUAACGUGUUGGUCGCCCCAUCCACACCAAAAGUUCUAUACAAGAAUGUGAUUGUUGACACCAUUACUGUGAUACAAAAUAGCUCUGUAUCGUUGGAAUGCACCUCUUCUGGGAAUCCAACGCCUAACACAAUAUGGAAAUUAACUAAUGGCUCUGUUAUUAAUAGCGGAGUUAUUGAUCUAAAAUUUAUGCAAAGUGUGAACGCAGUUACGCUCACCUGCACGGCCACAAGUGUCGUGCAGCCAACGAACGGAAGCACAAUAAAAUAUAGUAAUGCAACUCAUUUAUUGGUUAACAUUCUAUAUCCACCGACAAACCCAACGUGUGUCAUCGGAAAUAAUGUUAUAACAUCAAAUUACAUACGUGCAAUUAAAAACACAUCUAUUACAAUUAACUGUACUAGCAAUAGCAACCCUCCUCCGAUGAACUACACGUGGACGCUGCCUGGUGGGCUGAAACGAGAUGGACAAAUCUUCACGAUACCAAACGUACUAUCUAGCGGUACUUACAAACUGGAUGUCAACAAUGUGAUGAACGCAAAUUCUGCCCCGCAAGUCGUUAAUGGAAAUGGCAAUGUGAUAUUUACACUUGACAUGCUAUUCGCAGUGGCGGUGAGACCAAUUGCGAAUACAACGGUGUUACUAAACAGGACAUUGUCUGUCGCGUGUCCAUACACAGAAGGAAACCCACCAAAGACGAAUUUCAUGUGGAAACAAGUAAAGACAUCGCGCGUUGUCGGAGUUGAGCAAAAUCUUACUUUUCAAAAUAUGCAAAUCAAUGACGAGGGAUUUUAUAAGUGCAGAGUAAACAACACAAUGGCACCUUCAGGUUGCUGUACACAGACGACAUACGAUGAAACAAUAUUUUACGUUGAUGUACAAUAUCCUUCCAGUAUACAGAGGUUUUAUGUCGACGGAUUUGAAAUUGCAAGGAUUAUUACUAUAAACCAAAGUCAGACUGUGGUAUUAUUCUGCGAAGCUUAUAGUGACCCUGUGGCUAACAUGUUUCUAAUAAAUAAUACUCGAAAUGGACGCAAUUUACUGACUGAAACACAUAAUAACACAAUAUCUGCUUCUCUUGAAAAUGCGCGAUGCGAAUUUGACAAGGGGAUAUACCAAUGUCAAGGGAACAACAUUCACAACGCCGCCCAGCAGGUUCGAGAAAUAGAGAUCAUCAUCCGAUGUGCACCGCGAGCUUCUCCAUUUAUGCCUCCGGUACCUAAAGUUUGGACGAAAACUAACAGUAGUGUAACUCUUACGUAUACUAUUGUGGCUUACCCUCCUCCAAAAGCUUCAUCGGCAUUUGUUUGGCGGAAACAAGUAAAUAAUGAAUGGUUUAUUGUCAAUGAUGAUACAAGAAUUAAUAUUCAAAUUUCCCAAGACAGACUGCAGACAAACCUUUCCAUAGUGCAAGUACAGAAAGACGAUUUUGCAACCUAUACGGUCAAUGUGGACAACGACAUUGGCUCCACAAAACAGACAUUUGUUAUUGAAGCGAAGGAAAAGCCAGCUAUUCCAGAACAAUUCGGUAUACCAGAAAAUACGAUAACAGACAGCUCUGUCAUCGUUGAAUGGAAACCGGUAUUUAACGGUGGGGAUGAUCAAUGGUUCGUUAUUGGAUAUAAACAACAAACGGGUGAAAGAUGGACUUACAAAACUAUAUUAGAACAUAUCGAACGAAUAUCGAUUGAAGAAUUGGUUGCUGGAACCUCUUAUCAAUUCAAAAUGUAUGCAGAAAAUUCAAUUGGAAAAUCAGCGGAAACAAAUGUUAUAACAGUAACUACACGAGCCAAAUCUGAUAAUGGAUCCUUUCCAUCGGUCGGGGCUGCAGUGGGAGGAGCUGUGGGUGUAACUGUCGUGAUAGUCAUAAUGUUUGGGAUGUUUAUAUUAUGGAAGAAAUUUAAACGUAAUCAAGCCAGCGGUUCUAUGUACGAUGACUUAUUCAAUGGACAGAUUAACGUCUCUGCUGUCAGUACCAGUUCCGAGUAUGAAGCCUACCGAGUUGAUUCCCAGUACAGAAACCAGUACGAAACACCCGCUGAAACUUCUUUUCAUGAAUAUUCGGCCUUAACACAUGGCGGCACACAACAGCAUAAUGUUAUGAAUCGUGCAUCUGAUGUUGCAGACAAUGAUUGUGCAAAGGAAGAAAACAGCUAUGUGAAUUUAGUGUUAUCGAAUACUGAAACUUAGUAACACAUUGUUUUGGGAUUUGAAUUAUAAUGAAAAAGGAGUUAUCAUCUAAUUAAACUACUUACCGAAUGAAUUGUAUUAAAUACGUUAUGUAGUGUUAUGUAUCUAUAAGAAGUAUGUAUAUACUGAUCAUGAGCCGUUUGUAAUUGGUAUAAGAAUCUAUGUAAUAGGUGAUCACAGGUACUGUUUAUAAUUCAACAUAUAGAGAUUAUGUUCGAACGACGUUUCUAAUGUCUGGAGUAUGACAUCGUUUACUACAAACAUACUAGAUUACAUAAACACAAAAUUGUUUUACAGAUUCUUAUCAUUAUGUCAGCUUUUCUGAUACGCCUAUAUAGUUUUGUUUGUAAAUUUGGUAAAAAAAGAUUAGAGUUUCAAUCACUGUCAAUAUGUUGCUUCUUUUGCAUAUAGAUAUAAACCAUAUUUGAGCUAAUGUGCAUCUAUAUAAACAAAAUGUUUAAGCUAAUGUAACAUGUAAGACAAAUACAUCUAAUAAGUUGAUAUGAGAUUGACCCAGUUGCUUUCCAUUGUUUAAAAAGUAGCUAUUAUAGUACGAUUUAUUGAAAUUUUUCAUUGUUGCUAUAAAAUUUAGAACCUUAAUAUAGGAGCUACUGUUACAUUUUAUACUGUGUUGAAUUUCAUCGUUUGAUAAAAUAAAAGGUUAAUGUUAUCUUUAUAUGUCUUGAUAAAACUAAAUAAAUAGAAAUUCUGUGAAUUUUAGACCUUACUAUGUUUAUAACAUAUUUCUGUGCCUACAAAACAAGUUCAUACAUCGUCGACAACACUUCAGUACUGUCAUCAUUACUUGCACGAAGGUAAUGAGUGUGCAUUUAUAUUGAUUUAAAUGCAGGACUGGAACAAAUGUCGCUUAAUUGUUUUUGCAAAAGUAUAGUAAAUGCAUUUUAAAGUUGAAAUUUCUGAAAUAAAAUAGAAAAUAUUUAA